AUGGCAGACGAUGCUCAAUAUCCCGUGGUGAACACUACUACAGGCCCUAUGAAAGGAUUUGUUGACACACACAGGUUGUCGGUGCACUCGACGGUAAAGGAGCAAACGAAGGGCGACCGCGUUCCCAUUCGAAAAUGGCUAGGCUUUGGAGGCAAUUUUAAUUCGGGCGGUUCGAAUUUCCCAGUCUAUGACCCGACAGAAUUUGUCCGACAGCAGUCAGAAUCUGGUAGUCCUACGAUUAUUGUCACCGUUAAUUAUCGAGUUGGUAUCUUCGGCUUCCUCAGUACAGAUGAUCUUCUCGAGGUUAAUGGCUUUCCAGGAAAUUUCGGAUUACAUGACUGCAUCCAAGCUUUGGAAUGGACUCAGAAAAAUAUUGCCUCUUUCGGUGGAGAUCCAGAGAAUGUCACGGCCAUAGGCGAGUCCGCAGGAGCGUUUACCAUUAGCAUACUUCUGCAUUCGGGAAGAAAGCUCUUUCAAAAAGCGAUCCUUCAAUCAGGAAGCCAUACGGUCAUGUCAUACCGCCAGAAACCUUACUACCCUAUCUACGACAAGCUUCUCGGCCUGCUUGGAGUCGAUCCCAGCCUUCCUCCCAAGGAGCGCGUGGCCGGGCUGAACAACGUCCCGAUGGAGGCCCUGCGAGAAGCAGCAGGCAAAGUGUUCAUCCCAGAUAUUUGGGGCAUUACCGCUGACCCCGCUGAACAAGGUUGGAAGACUUCGGUCUGGGGCCAACUUGAAAGGGGUGAGUAUGAUCCCUGGAUCCAAUCUAUCCUAGUCACCUUCAAUGAGGACGAAGGUACAUUCUUCAGCAACCGGGGAAAGUGGUGGGAAGGAGAUACAUUGAAACAUGUCCUAAAAGCUCGAGGCCUCCUUCCCAGUGAUGAGGCGUACUUACAAUUCCGGCAACUGUACGGCGACGACAGACUUUCCGAGGACAAGUCUAACGUAAAGGAUCUUCCGGCAACUAAAUUUCUUCUUUUUAAUGCUGCGUCCUUGUGGUCGUACGAUGACCAAACCGUCGACGCGAAGACCGCUAAAACGGCGGGGAAAUAUUGGUCCUCAUUUGCCAGCUCAGGAGAUCCAGGAUGGGGAAAGUGCACCUUCGAGAAUGGCCAUGCGGUCAAGAUCGGUGCGGGCGGAAAGACUACGCCAUUCAACGUCUUUAAGUACCACAAGGCUGAGCGCGAUUUCUUCUAUCCCAUAGUUAAAGCGCUUUACACCGCUAGGGAUCCAUAG